CGAAGCUAGGUCCUGAUAAAAAAAAAAAAAAAUCGUUUCUACGUACAACAUACGGCGAUGUAUGAAGAGGUUAACCCGUUAGCUUUGUAACUCGGACAAAGGGAACCCAUAAAGUCCGAACGAAAGCUCUCUCCGUGGGACAAGAUGAUCGAGGUGGUGGCCUCGAUGGCUCGCGGUCCUGUAUUUCUGGCCGGGGAGCUGAUGGAGUGUCUCAUCACUUUCAGGAACCCCAUGACCCACUUUUCCACCUCUGGGAGCAGUGAGAUGUUGGCGUGGGCCAGUGCUCAGAUCCACUGCCAGUUUCACGCCAGCGAGAGCAGAGUGAGUCUGCCAAGCCGGGGAAACAAGCAAGACGUCCAGGUCGACAGCGAGACGGUCCUCAUUCCGAGCAGAGGUGAACGAGGCCAAUGUGUUUUGGACACGCCACCCAAGAUCCUGUUCUGUGACCUGUGUCUAGAUCCAGGAGAGAGCAAAACUUAUUCAUACAGCGAAGUCGUACCCGCCGACGGUCCCCCCAGUUUCCGCGGCCAGGCCGUGAAGUACGUCUACAAACUGACCAUCGGCUGUCAAAGGGUCAACUCUCCCAUCAAACUUCUCAGAGUGCCCUUCCGGGUUUUAGUUCUGCAGGGCAUGCCGGAACCCACGUUUACUCAGGACGAGGAAGUUUCCCCGUCGAACCCGUUCCUGGAGGAAGAGGAAGCCAGUCGGAGGGACGCGCGGCCUUUGGAGAGGGCGCUCGACAUGCUCAUGAUUUCCACGUCGAGGCGCUGCCCGCACAUGUUCAACAUCACCAAUAUGCGAGGGAAAGUGGCAAUGUUUUGCAUCUUCAAGACUCUGUACAGGCUCGGAGAGGACAUCAUCGGCACGUUCAAUUUCUCCGAGGGUGACAUUCCCUGCUUGCAGUAUUCCGUGAGCCUCCAGAGCGAAGAGGAGAUACGGCAGGAGUACCAGCGGCGCCCCGGCCAGCCUUUCAGUGUGACCGGUCACGGACGUCACCUGGAAUCGUGCCUGCACACGGCGUCGAGCCAUUUCUCCCUCCCCGUCCCGCUCAACGUCACGCCGGGCUUCGGCACGGACAUCGUGAUCUUGAGGUGGCGGCUGCACUUUGAAUUUGUCACCGCUCGGGACCCCGCCGAGCCGCCCGUCGUGCUCCAGAACGAGUCCAAGGCGACGGUGUGGGCCGGCGCCGAGCACGUCGAGGUCGACACCUUCAGCUGGGACUUGCCCAUCAAGAUCCUGCCCACCAACCCGGCCUUGGCAUCCUAUGAGUCGCAGUUCACGGGCACCAACAGCAUUAACAUUUGACCGUGUACCAAGAUGAUUUAAAAAAAAAAAAAAAAAUGGUGACCCUAAAAGUUUUCUGUACAUGAUUUUUGAUGUCGCAAGAGCCAUUUUAAUGCAACUCAUUUUUUUUCUAGGCUAAAUGCUGAUUGCAUACCUCCAAAUGAAUAUUAUAUGUUAAUACAUCCUAAUAAAAGUCUGAUUGAAAUCAGA